UCUGGUUUCAUUUCCCAUUCAGUGUUCACCUCUUUAUAUAUAUAGACCCGCUCAGAUUGCAAAUUCCAUCAACAAAUCCGAAAUUCCUCAAAAACCUCUCAUAUCAGUCACUCAAAGAUCAUUAGCAAUUUAAAGAAAGAGGAAGAAAAAAGAUGAGUUCGGCAAGCAGAGCUUGGAUUGUGGCAGCAAGCGUUGGGGCUGUGGAGGCACUCAAAGAUCAAGGGUUCUGUAGAUGGAACUAUGCCAUGAGAUCCAUACACCACCACGUCAAGAACAACGUGAGGGCUUACUCUCAGGCUAAGAAACUGUCUCCCUCGUCAUCCGCCGUGGUUUCGAGUAAAAUAAGAGAAGAGAAGGCAAAGCAGGCAGAGGAGUCUCUCAGGAAAGUCAUGUACUUAAGCUGUUGGGGUCCCAAUUGAACCCCCCAAAUUAUUGAUAGUUUGAGAAGUUUGUUAUUCCGAGGUUCGAUCGGAAAUUGUGUAGUCCAAAGCCAGUUGCUUUAUAAUGCAAAAAAAAAAAAA